AUGUCUAAAAACACAAGUUCAACGCAGGAAGAGGUUACUAACAAAUUUAUAGAAGAGAUUUACAAGAAGUAUUUGGGUAUAGAAGACAAACGUAUUAGGGAGUUAGAAGUUGAUGUAACGGUCAAGGAACGAAUGAAAUUAGAAAAAGAAGAAGUUAGAAUUAUUACCGAAAAAUUCAAGGAAAAGAAGAAAGAACAAGGCACGAGUUUAUCUCACAAAAAAGUUAAGAAUAACUCGGGUCAAACAAAGAAAAAUUUUCAAGCAGGAGGCGUAAAAGUCGGAAAAUUCAGAUACACAAAAUUACCCAAAUGGAAUGAUCACUGA